AUGAAGUGGUCAUAUUUAUUAUGUUCUAUACUUUUAGGGGGGUAUCUGGUAGCAAGUGCAGCAUCUGUUGCUCAAACGAUCUGUAAUCCCCAAGAUCCUAGUGAUUGUUACUCGAAGAUAUUUGUACCAAGCCAUGAGUUCCAAGUGAUUCGACCCGGACAGGAAUUGCCCUUAGGAUUACAUAUUCGGAUGAACCUUGACACCGGAUUGAAGGAAGCCAAAUUUGAUGAUUCUCCAAACGAAGGCGAGGUGGCUGUCGUGGAGGCUGAUGGCGAAGAAUUGAUAAUUCCAGAAGACUCUCUUAUUGCUGAUCUAGACGACGAGGAAGAAAGGUACGCUCAAGAAGAUGCUGAAGUAAAUCAUUUGAAGCAACAGGCUAAUCAAAACAAGGCAAUUGGUGUUGACAUUCAAGGGAUCUUGAAUUUUAAAGGUAAGAACACAUACAAUGCCUUGAUUACAUCUUUAAAUAGCGUGGAAGAAUCAAGUCAUGAUGUUGAGAUUGGUGAAGAAUUGAUGGCCAAUAAUCAAUUGGUCAACAAAUUGAAUGAGAUAGUUGCUAAUAAUCAGUAUGAUUAUGAAUUAAUAGAGAGGAUAUACAGAAUAUUUGCUUCUUCACUUCGGAAUAAUCCAAAUGCCCUUGAAAAGUUUCUUGAGCGUCCACAAUAUGUCGCUUAUGUCAAUAGUCUAUUUGAUUCGUUAUCUGAAGGCCAACCUGAUGUUAUUCAAAAGCGAAUUCUUGGGAUUGUUCAAGCUCUCUUAGGGAGUGAUAAAUUUCGUCAUGAAUAUUUUCAAGGUAAUGGCUUAAACAGACUUAUUCGUGCCUAUAAUUAUUUGGGAUCACAGGCAAAAGCAAGAGUAGUUAAUAUCUUUGAAGAUUUGGACCUAAUAACCAAUGUUAGUAAUGUUGCAGGAAAUAUUAAUUCUAAUGGCCUGGAGGGGAACAACAAAAAGAGAUCACAGGUCUUUAGUAUUGAUAUGAUGGCUUCCGGUUAUCUUCAAAAAAGAUUAAUGUCAGGAGACUUAUCUUUUGAGCUGUUCAAAGAGUUAUUCCAAAACUUGAAUGAUUUGCAUAAUGCAAAUAAGGAACUCUUACCUUCUCCAGAAUUUUUACAAUGGUUAACUGGUGAGUUGGACCGUAGGUCCAAUUUGAAGGAAAGAGAUGAGGAGAGUCUAGAAUUCGAUCGAGAGAUGUUGAAAGCUAGACAUUUGAUUUACGGUAACCCUAAAGCACUUCGAAAGGCAUACGCUGAUGAACUUUAA